UUUUUGUUUCCUCACCUGUCAGUUCGGAAUAUGCACUUGCGAGUGUUAAAUCAGCCUCGUCUCUUUUGUUUUCUCUCAUUGCCUGGUCUCCUUUUUUUGAGCAUCAAUGGUAGCUCUAUGUGACCAGCUGAUAUUUAACUAAGGAGGAUAGCAUCUAACGGUCCUUCCCUCCAAGGAUUAGGCCUCUGUCAAGACAUGGAGCCUUUGACAGUAGACGAUGACAUUUGUAUCCUCAAACACGAGACAGCCUACACCCCUGCAGGAGAGAGCCCUGUGUCCGUGUGUGCUGGUGAUGAGUCUGUCGCCUCUCAUUUCGCCUUGGUCACAGCUUACGAGGACAUAAAGAAGAGGCUCAGAGACACGGAGCGGGAAAACACUUUCCUAAAGAAAAGGGUGAAGCAAUUAGAGGAAAAGCUCUUCAGGCCAGAGGCUCCACCAUCCGAGGGUCCCCAUUACGUUAACAAGGCCUUCAGUGCUUACAGAGGAAUCUACAUUGAGAAGGAGGACUUACAGAUGGAGCUCAAUAAACUGAAAAAGGAGAAGAGCGAGAGUGAGAAGCUGCUGACGGAGCAGCUCCAAGCCAAAGAGUUAGAGCUGCUUCAGCUGAGGACAGAGAUGGAGACCACCCAAGGUACAGUGAUGAAGAGUCUGAAUAGCCCUCAGGACUGCUGGCAGGUGGAGAGAGUCGACACUGAGCUGCAGAUCCGCAAGCUGAAGGAAGAUCUAGAGAGGGUGAUGCUAGAGAACAGCCGACUGCUGGAGAGAAGCACGGAGGAAUCACAGGGCCUUAAUGGACCAGACUUGAACCAGACAUGUGAUGGAAAACAUAGCGCAAGGGAGAAGAGCAUCCAGCAGACGUAUACAGCUUUGCGCUCUGAGGUCACCCGUCUCCAUUUAGAGCUGAGGCACCAGACAAGCCUGAUCGGGAAGCUCAGGCCGCUGAUCGGUGAAACAAGACAAGCAGCUUCGACUGUUCCAGUCCAGUGUCUGGACGACGUGGAAAAGAACAAUAACGUCACAGUUAUUCGGGCUCCAGUGCCUCGCCCCCCCAGUGCCCCGCCGGUCCCCUCCUGUUCCGGCCGUCCUCUCCCCGCUAUUGGUGGCCCAGCAGGCCCCCCUCUGCCAGACAGCCUGAGGGAGGACUGCUGGUACAACGGGCCUUGGCCCUCCCAGAGCUGUCUGGUGGAGGCACUGGUCGGCAGUGAGACCUGCGCCGUUGUGCUGCCUCCGCCCCCCCUGAACCAGGCCUCUCUGGACGACAGCUCACGCUCCUUCCCCAGCCCCCCCAAGCCCACUGAUGCCAUGUUCUGGGAGGGACACUCGAGUACAUCCAACACGUCAUCCUCGCUGGGAAACUUCACUCCAAUGAGCCCUCCUAAUGCUGAGUGGGCCAAGCCGUAUUAAUUAAACCCAUAAGAAUUAAGAUGAUGGAAAACAAAGUACAGACUAAGUCUUUAGCUCGGCCACAUAGCUACCACCUUACCUGCCUUAAGCUGAUUAACCACUAAUCAGUGGUGAACUUGAUCGGACCUGCUUCUUGUGGGAACUAAAUGAGGCCAAAGGAGGCCUUUUUGAGGUAAGAACUGUUCUCUGCACGCCACAUCGGUGAACAUAUCCAACUUUGUAGAGAAAAGGCUGACCCUUAAAAAAAAUCCAACUCAUAUCUCCAUUUGAAUGUGUCCUUGUAUGCACAUGCAUUGGUCUGUGCAGGCAUGCAUACAGGCAGUUUAAUUUGAGUGUUUGUUGGUGUAAAUGCACAUGAUUCAAUGUGCCUGUGAAUGCAAAAAAUCGGCGUGUAGGGAUCUUCCACUUGCUUUUAUCUGUGUAUCAUGGUGAUAAACCCAACGGGGCUCACAGCUGACUCCUCCAUACGUCGUGGCCCAGGAGCACGAGAGCCACAACACACCAGUAGAGUUUGAAUAACUGUACCUCCACAACGCAAUUUCUUUUUUUUUCUUCUUUACAUUGGAUCAAUGUAAAUUGCAUAAGGUGUGUAGCCCCCGCUUGUCUCAUUGUGUUAUGAAGGAUAUGUGUAGGAAUAUAGGCUUUUGUACAGUGAUGGGGACAGAUGUACAUUUUUGUUCCCAAUUUCAGCAUUUACCAAAUUAAAACUGACCUGUUUGCCUCGAGAAAUUGUUUUUAUUUAAGGCCUUAGACGUAUUUUUAAUGAUCAUGCAUACUGCAUUUCUGUGGAGAUAUUACUUAUCGAGAGCAAAAUACUUAACAAAAUGUGUAUCCUGCCUGUUGAGAUUGAAUUCUCAGCCGUACCGUGAACGUAGAGCUCUCAUGGGUUAUCUACUAAUGACCCACAUUCCCUGCUCUUCAGUUUUAAAGGGCAUAUAUCAUCAUUUUUACUUUUUCUUUCAGUUGUGUUCAGGGCUGUUGAAUAUCUCAAGGCAUCAGUUCACUCAGAGCUAAAGUAGUGAUGGCAAAACCGCAGCUCAAUUUUGAGCAAAGUGAUUUACAUGGUUUAUCCAAUGAGAUUGAGAAAAUAAGGACAAAUGUUAUGAAAUGAAUUGGAGACCUAUUAAACCAGCACCCUACCCAGGAAUUUAAAAGCAGUUGUAAACUCGAUCCACUUGUUAUUCACUACACACUGUUAGAUCACAGCUUGUGACAAAAACUGCAAUUCGAAACACUAAAUUUAUGCAAGUAUUAACUUUAAUUUGACUUAUUCUAAGAUGGAAUCAGGCUCUGGUUUUGGCUAACCUUGGUAUUUUCAAAAUAACCCUGCAUGAAAGCCUUGCAGUGGUUGUCAAGCACUACCGUUUUCCAUAUUACUGGUCUGUUUUUCUUUUUCAUACAGCAGCCAAAACCUUAUCCCAGCUACACAGUUGAUGCUAAAGCUAAUAACUGUGGCUAAAGAUACUUUUUAGACAGAGACAGUGGUCAAAUAUUUCAAUUGAUUUGCCAAAAUCAACCAACAUGUGCUGAAGGAGGGCACAAAAUAGAAGAUCUACCAUCUAGAAAGUAUAUCCUGACUUUUUGAUCAACCUUAUACUCAUAAAUACCAGGCUGUGUUUUCUAUUAGGGUCUGGUUGUUUUACUCCCUCUUUUUUUAAUCAGGUUUAAUUUUUUUUUUUUAUUAUUGAUCAUGCAUCCUGUUUCCACAUAUUCCAUUUUUUUAACAGAAGAUCCCUAUGCUCAGCAACAGUGUAUAAGACAGGGAGGAGCAGACUUCAUCACCCACAUGUGUUUCUUAAUUAACUUCCAGUUUAUUAAAAAAGGCAUGAAUGUAAAGGCUUUUUUAGUGCGUUUAAUUCAUUUCAUGCUUUGAAAAACACUGAAAAGGCUAAAAGUGGUUUACUUUUCUUACUUUAAACAUUUUUAAUGCUAUAACUUAAUGAUGAUAUUUGCCCUUUAACAUCUGAUAAAAGCUUAGACGAGCUUUGUGAAUAUUUUGAAAAAUAGAAAGUGUAUCAUUUUAGCACUGUGCUAAUGUUAAUGUUGCUGUUUAAAUUAAAAGACAGGUGUGGAGGUGAUUUUUAUGGGACAGAUGAGAUUAAAAAGGUGUACAAAUGCUGACAUGGGAAUACCCAAACCAGAAUGUGCAUAUCUGUAUAAAUGUAAAUGGUGGGCUUCAGUAUUUUUGCCAUAUGUGAUUCUGCACUCCAUUAUUCUUUUUUUUUACUGCUGUUUCCUCCCUGGAUACCACUUCUAAUUUGAUUGAUAAAAAAAGGGCACAAAUGCCCAAACUGUUAAAAAGAUUGCUUUUCUUUGAUUUUUUGCAAUAUUGGUUCCUUAAUUUUUAAUGAAAAGUUGUUUUACAGCUGUACUUUCAUACUUCUGGAAACAAUUUGCAAACCAAAAUGCAAUGUAUAGUAGAUAUUGAUUAUAUUUUAGACUUACCGCACUUCAGACUGUUUGUAAAUAUAAUUAAAUAAAGAAGCUGUGUUAGCAGCAGGCACUGGUGAGUUAAGCUGCUACUAUGCUGAAGACAUCUAAAGACAUAAAA